AUGUUUAGCUUAUGGACAAUUUCUGUUGUUGUUUCCUACUUGGCAACAAUAGUGAUUAUAUCCCAAGCCGAGGAAUUCGUGAUACGAGAUACCCUUUAUGGUCGGAUCAGAGGCACUGUUAAAACUGUGCUGGGUUCCAAGAAGGUUGAACGAUACCUGAGCAUUCCCUAUGCAGCACCUCCUGUAGGAGAACUCCGAUUUGAGAACCCUGAGAAACCAACUACAUGGGAAGGUAUACGAAACACGACAGUGCUUCCCCCUGCCUGUCCCCAGAUAUCCUCACACUGGGAUUACGUGUAUUCACACCGUCCUGGAUUCAAUGACAGCGACGAAGACUGUUUAUACAUGAACAUGUAUGUUCCGCAGAUUGCAAAAGAUGACAGUAAGAUCGCGGUCCUUGUUCACGUCCAUGGUGGCAGCAACCUGGCUGGCAUGGGAGCCAUGUUAGAUAUGGACAUCUUGGCAGCACAAGGGGAGAUCAUCGUCAUCAAUUUUAACUACAGACUGGGUGCUCUCGGUUUUCUAAGUGGUGGACAGCCAGAGUUUCCAGGAAACUAUGGUCUGCUGGACCAAACUGCAGCGCUACAAUGGGUUUCUGAAAACAUUCAAUUCUUUGGAGGUGAUCCAAGCAAGGUUACCGUCGAAGGACACAGUGCAGGGGCCGCAGAUGUUGGCUACCAUAUUGUGUCACCACUGUCAAAAGGAUUAUUCCGUUUCGCCAUCAUACAAAGUGGGUCACCAACUGCCCCUUGGGCACUCCAAUCUCAACCUCGAGAGCUUCUUUCCAAGUUCAGCGAAGAGCUCGGUUGCAACAGUUCCAAGGAUCUGCAGAAACUUAAGCAGUGCUUAAAGACGAAGAAAUGGACAGACAUAAGGGAUGGACCUUACAGGUCAGAUUGUGUUCCUUCGGGCAUGUGUUUGUCCCCAGUCAUUGACGGAUUCUCUGUGGAAAAGAACGCGGACAUUCUGUUUAAAGAGGCUGAACUGAAUGGGGAAGCCUUUAUGGCUGGAAUAACAAGGGAUGAAGGGAGGUUUCCUGAUAUCGUCCAUCCCAGUAUGUUGGUAACGCCCAAAAAUGUGAAACGCUUUAUUAACAAUAACAUCGAUUUGGUUACAAGCAGUAUCAUUGCACACGAGUACUACCCUUGGAAUGACCCUCUGGACAGGAAGGCUACUCUUUUUGCAUUCGGUGAUCUUUGGGGCGAUAACGACAUCGCUGCUCCUACCUUCGAUAUAGCUACGCGUAUCGCUGCCAGGACGGACAACAUCCACUUUUAUUCCUUUGAUUACGCAUCACCUUCUGCCAAAGUGCAAGGCGUCCCACAUGGACGAGACCUGUUCUACCUGUUCGGCUGUCCUUUCUCUGGACAUCCCCUGUACAACUAUACGGACGAAGAUCGACAGGUCAGCAAAGUCUUCAUGAACAUGUGGAGCAACUUCGUCAAGACAGGAAAACCAUCUUCAUCUGUUGGAGCUGAUGAGAUAUUCUUCGACCACUUCGAAAGCCAAAACCAAACAUAUAUGAAAAUCAAUGGUGCGGAUGGAAACGGUACAAUAACAGUAGCAUAUAAGCCUCGUCCCCGACAGGUAGAAUUUUGGAACUCUAUACUCCCCCAGCUGGACUUUCAAGUACAGGAAGUGAGUUCUGAGUAUGGAGCACUAACGUGGGGUUUGGUCGCCUUAAGUGUCACGUUAUUUAUUUGUAUGGUUGCAAAUAUUAUAUUUCUGAUAUCCAGACGAAGGCACUAAUUGUAUCAAUUAUGCAUCAUUUCACUUUAGAUACCACAUGAACCGUAGGCUACCCAAUCUAACCAGGGCUACCUCAUCGUGGUUAAAAUGGUGUAAGCUUUCCUUACAUAAGGAUUUCCUCUCACAUUUACGCCUACACGGGUACAAUUAUUCUGUCUCGCAGUCCCUGAACCACAUUAUUUUCCCAAAUGCCUAGCACAUUUAGAUCCCUAAAUGAAGCAAGUCUAGAUUUCCCCAGGUUUCCC